CGUGGGACACAAUGCUUAUCACAAUAUCUCGGACCGUUUAUAAGUACUUAAGUGCUUUUACUUUUCUGCACAGCGGCACAUUUCACACGGAGAGUUCGUUGCGCUCGUUUCGUACGUUAGCAUCGGUCAUCGGACGACAUGUCUCUUCACGACUUCAACGAGCUCAAAGUCUUCGACGAUGCGGUGGAGAACAUGGAUAUCAUUAGAACCAUAAUCGCCAUGGAGGAUCAAGAGGACCCUUUCUACAUCGUGGACAUUGGUGAUAUUAUUAGGAAGCAUCACGAAUGGAUCACCAAGAUGCCCAAGGUCAUCCCGCACUACGCGGUCAAGUGCAAUCCCGACCCGACGGUCAUCAAGGUGUUGGCUGCUUUGAACGCUGGUUUCGAUUGCGCGUCUCAGCAAGAGAUCAGGCAAGUGAUGCAGUACGGCGUGCAGAGUGAUCGCAUCAUAUUCGCGAACCCGACCAAGUGCCCGUCCCACAUCAAAUUCGCCAAGAAGAAGAACGUCAGUCGGAUGACGGUGGAUGGCGAGCUGGAGCUCCUGAAGAUCAAGGAACUUUACCCCGAGGCCGAGAUCGUGAUACGAAUACGAUGCGACUCGAAGAAUUCGCUGGUCCCCCUCGGAUCGAAGUUCGGCUGCGAGCCGGACGAGGAAGCCGUGCGACUGAUACAACUGACGAAGGACCUCGGGCUGACGUUGCACGGCUUCAGCUUCCACGUCGGCAGCCCGUGCGGUGAGAUGAGCGCGUUCAGUAAGGGCAUCGGGAUAUGCAAGCAACUGAUUGCGAUCGCCCGGGCGAUAGGCUGCGAGAACGUGCAGAUGAUCGACAUCGGCGGCGGUUUUCCAGGCGCAAGUGACACGGACAUCGAUAAGCUGGCCAAUAUCGUGAACGACGCGAUCCAAGACCUCGAUCCUAGCAUACGGGUCAUCAGCGAGCCGGGGCAGUACUACGUCACUUCAGCGUUUACCCUGGCAUCGUACUUGCACUCGAAGAAGCUUGUUCGCAGAAGCGGCAAGCUCAUGAGAAUGUACUACGUGAACUGCGGAGUGUAUAAUUCGUUCAUAGAGGAGAUGUUGGGCCUGAAAGCUAGAUACCCGCAGUUUCUCUUCGAGCCUGACAGCCAUGAGAAAUUCAUUUCGAGCCUAUGGGGACCGACCUGCGACUCGUACGAUGUCAUCCUUAAGGACGUGUUGAUGCCAGAACUUCGCAUCGGCGAUUGGCUGGUCUGGAAGGACAUGGGUGCCUACACUUUAUCCAUAUCCAGCACGUUCAAUGGAUUCCCAAGCCCAAUGGUCGUGCCGAUUAUCAGGAAGAGUCAAUGGGAGAAAUUAACGUCGGAGAUCAAACUAAUGCACAUGCCUGCAGAUUUCAUAGAAUGGUCCGACUCCGUCGAGAGGGAAGAUUAUAUCGAGAGCCGCUGACCAAUGUUGAGUCGACCACGAUAGGAUUAGAACGUGUAUAUUUUUGACAACUAUGUUAGAUUGAUUGAUAUUUUAUUUAUACUUAUUCUCUCAAUACAUCUAUUUAAUCUCUUUUAAUAUCGCGCAUGUAAAUAGCGAUAAUUACGAAUAUCGUGAUCUUUAGCGUAGAUUGAUUAAGAUACGCGAUAGUAUUUCAACAUCAA